UUUCUCCACCAGGACAGAAAGAGGGGUGAGAAAAGCAGCAGCCCCGGGAAGGGUUUGGGAGAAGAGGAUCCAAGGAAGGAGAAGGGAAAGAGGCCGGAAAGGAAGCGCCAGGGGAAAGGAGGGGAGAUCUGCACUGCACUGCACACAUUUGAUCGGGCAGAAGGCUGAAGUUAUCAACACUUUCCUGCUCCCUAACUCUGCAGUGCACCAAGAGCCGUAACUAUGGAUGAAUUCAAAGCUGCUGUUUAUCAGGGAAACCUGACGGGUGCUGUGUUCAGCGUGCUUGCAAAGCCCCUGCAAUCUUUUAGCGACAUUCCACUCCACGUCGGCGUUGUGGGAGAGCCGGGCUCUGGGAAAUCCUCCUUCAUCAACGCCAUGCUUGGCCUCUCUGAAGGUGACCCGGGUGCCGCUCAGACUGGCAUACAGAUGACAACAGUAGAGGCCAAGGAUUACCCCUAUCCGCUGCUUCCGCAGGUCAUCCUUUGGGACCUCCCGGGGAAAGGAGCAUCACCUUUCGGCGAAGGCAUCCGUGCCAAGCAGGUAGAUUUAAGCCGCUUUGAUUUCUUCAUCAUCGUCGGCACCCAGCGUUUCCGGACGACACACUCUGAUCUGGCCCACGAGAUCCAGGGAAUGGGCAAGAGGUUCUACUUUGUGCGUACCAAAGCAGACCUGGACCUGGAGGCGUCCCGGAGGCAACGGCCCUCUGGCUACAGCGAGGAGAAGGUCCUGCAACGCAUCAAGGAAGACUGCAGAGAGUGCUUGAUACGCGAAGGGAUGAGGGACCCACAAGUCUUCCUCGUCUCCAACUGGGAAACCCGCCACUUUGAUUUCCCCCUCCUCCGGGACAAGUUGGAGAAGGAUCUCUCCGGGCUGAAGCGACAAGCUUUUCUACACAAGCUCCCAACUGCCUGUUUACCCACCUUAGAGAAAAUGCAAGCCGCCAAAAAGAUCUGGCUCACAGCCAUGUGCUCUGGGGUCAUGGCUGCCAUCCCUGUCCCUGGUCUCUCGUUCUUGGCCGCCAUGUUUCUGUUCACAAGGUUCCGCUCUCAGUGCCACCUAGACUUUGGCCUGGAUGAUCCAUCCCUCUCGGCUCUUGCUCAGCUGGUUGGGAAGCCAACAGCAGCCUUUAAAGCGGUGAUGAAGUCUCUGGGGAUAAAACCAGCGGUUUGGUGGAGGCUGCCCGAUGUUGUCGGAGCCGCGGUAAUGAUACAAGAAUAUUACUACUGGCGGGGUUUCCCCAUCUUUGGCUGUGUGCUGUCGGGAGGAAUUUCACUCCUCACCACCUACUUCAUGCUGAGGAAAUGCAUCUCAGAUGUAGCCAAAGAUACCCAAAGGGUUCUGACCAAAGCUCUGGAGGCUGAAGAGAAGAAGUCAAUUUAGCAGCCAGCCAGAAGCGAUAUACGUGACUCUGUGGAUUCUGCAAUCAGAUUUUUGCAUUUGCAAUUCUGCAAUUCCACAGUCUCUCUGGAUUCUGCAAUCACAUUUAGUCAGCUUAUGUGCUUUCUUUUCCCACCUACUCAUCUAUUCUCCUGUUAUUCCAAAAAGAGAAGACAUAUUAAACAUCUCCAGUUUCUGUCCCAUCAUUCUUUUUUGAUCUGUGUGAACGGAAUAUGUCCGUUCAAACACAGGAGGUCUCAAACUCUAUUCAAGGAAAUAGAAUAAAGUUUAUUCAACAGA